AUGUGUUAUCAGUACUUUGAGUGUGGAGGUGUUUGGGAUUUUAGAUCAGAGUCUUUGGUGGAGUUUCCUGUCCAGCAGGAAGUGUGUUUCCUGCACAGUCCUGCCUGGCUCCAGAGGGCUGAGAGGAGACUGGGCCUGUCCUUCACAGAGACACACACACAAACAUACAGUCCUGCACACAGCUAGCCAUCGAGCUGGUCAGUAUGGACUAUGAGCCCAAACGAGCCAAGAAGGGCUUUGUAAAGCGUCUGGUGUUCCCUAAAUCUAGCCGGCGACAGGUGGACAAAGGCAGUGUGUACCGUAGACCCCUUCACACUGUCCCCCUCUACCCACCUGAUUACCUCAUCCACCCAGAGAGACUCAUCUACGACUAUGUGGAGAAGGAAGUCAAGUUCCUGGGACACUUGACAUGGGUGUCAUGCUCCCUGAACCCAUCAAGCAGAGAUGAGCUGCUGCAGCUUCUGGACACAGCCAGGAAGCUGAGGGUUUUGCCUCUGAAGACCAGUGUGGAACAGGACUGCAUUCUCAGCCUGUCUGCUCGCUGUCUGCUGCUUACCUGGAGAGACAAUGAAAAAUUGCUACUGAGAAUCCCCACGCAUGAAAUCGCCGCUGCCUCCUACUUGCGGGAUGAUGCACUGCACCUACUGGUGCUCAAAACUGGUCUGAAUGUGGACACUGUAUUGGCCGUUGACUGUUUGGAGAACAGGCCCACUGGUUUGGAGAGCCGCAGACAAACUAUAAGCAACACUGACCCCAGGCCUGCAGGGGGCACCAUGGAGCGCCGCCACACCAUCUGUGGUGUAGACUGGAAGCUCUCAUCCCGCAAUGAGCCUAAACAGGGCAGCGUGGGUGGAGGAGGUGGGACAGGGGGUGGAGGAGGAGGUGGUGGUGGUGGUGAUGGUGACAGCCUGGAACGGAAACGUGUAAGCGGGAGUUGGGAGCGUAGACAGACCCGGAAGCCAUGCGGAGGUAGCUGGGAGAAACGGCCGAUGAGUGGAAGCUGGGACCGGAGGCCUGUAGGGGGCAGCUGGGAGCGUCGGGGAGGUGGAGGAGUGGUAGGAGGUAGCUGGGAAAAGAGGCACGGACCUGGAGCUAAACCAGGAGGAAGCUGGGAACGGAAACACACGCCAGGUGGGAGUUGGGAACGCAGGCACGCUUGCACGGGGAGCUGGGAGAGGGGAAAGUCCUAUGGCAGCUGGGAGAGGAGAAACCAUAAUCCUCUGGAGCCCAUGCCAUGCCCUAAUGCCUACUGCAACCUCAUCAUACUGGCCGUAGAGAACAGGGAUGCUGCAGAGGAGUACUGCGCGCUCAUCUGUCAAAUGUUUCAGAUCAUCUAUGGACAUCAGACCAUUGAAUGUGUUGACAGGGCGGGAUAUCACUACACCAUGCCUGACCGCUACUGGCUACAGAGGAGUGACAGCUGCCUUACUGACAUGACAUAUGGCUAUGAUACAGACUUCAGCUGCUGCAGUUCAUGUGAUGGCUCACAGGAAGCAUUUGAUCCGUAUUAUAGUGAGAACUACAGCGAGAGCUCAUCUCUCUCCUGCCAUGAGUCACAUCGAAGCCUGGCCUCCACACACAGCGACUCUGAGCCCUGUAAUGCCAGUCUGCAGGAGUACAUGAUCAUUUUGAGGAGUAAGCUGAUGCCUCAGGAGAUUCAGCAGUUUGCUCUGUUUCUGAGAGAAUACAGACUUGGUGCUCCAAUAGAGCAGUUCUGCACUGACCUGCUGCAGCUCUAUGGAGACUCACGCAAAUUCCUGCUGCUUGGCAUGAGGCCCUUUAUUCCAGAUAAGGAUGUAGGAGUGUUCGAGACAUUUCUGGAAGAUAUUGGGAUCCGAGAGGGUGGGAUUUUGACGGACAGUUUUGGCCGGAUCAAGCGGAGCAUGAGCAGCACAUCUGCCACAGCAGUCCGUGGUUAUGACGGCUGGACUCCUUCCGGUUCCCAGGAUUUUAACCGAAGAAUUGAUGACAUCACACACAACAUUGAGGCUUUGGGUUUUGAGGAAGGGAACGGAGACAUAGAAGAGGAGGACUAUUAUUUGUGAAACACACAGAAUGAACUUACAGUAUACAGUUGAGGUAAAAGUUUGCAUCCCCCUUUCAGAAUAAUUAAAAAUGUUAAUUAAUUUAACACAAUAAGAGGGAUCAUACAAAAUGCAUGUUAUUGUUUAUUUAGUACUGACCUGAGUAAGAUAUUUCACAUAAGAGAUGUUUACAUAUAGUCCACAAGAGAAAAUAAUAGUUGAAUUUAUAAAAAUGACAAAAGUUUACAUCCCCUUGAUUCUUAAUACUGUGUUGUUACCUGAAUGAUCCACAGCUGUGUGUUUUUGUUUUGUUUUUUUGUUCAAUAAAAGUUGUUAAUGAGUCCCUUGUUUGUCCUGAACAGUUCAACUAUUCUUCAGAAAAAUCCUCCAGAAAAAAAAAAACCAUUAUUAAGAGCAGAGGGGUAAAAACUUUUGAACAACAUGAUGUGUACAUUUUUCUUAUUUUGCCUAAAUAUCAUAUUUUUUCAUUUAAUACUGCCCUUCAAAGGCUACAGAGGUUACAUGUUUCCGAGAAGACAAAAUUAAUCUUCAAAUUCAAAACAUUUUCACCCCCCUGGGCCUUAAUGCAUCAUGUUUCCUUCUGGAACAUCAGUGAGUGUUUGAACCUUCUGUAAUAGUUACAUAUGAGUGCCUCAGUUGUCCUCAGUGUAAAAAGAUGGAUCUUAUAAUCAUACGGUCAUUGUUGGAAAGGGUUCAAAUACACAAAAAAGCUGGAAAAACCAAAUAAUUUGUGGGACCUGAAAAUUUUUUCUGAAGAAUAACAGGCAGUUUAACUGUUCAGACUCAUGAAGAACUAUCACUAAACAAAAAAGCUGUAGAUCAUUCAGGUAACAAUGCAGUAUUAGGAAUCAAGGCGAUGUAAACUUUUGAACAGGGUCAUUUUUAUAAACUAUUAUUUUCUCUUGUGGACUAUAUGUAAACAUCUUUAUCUUAUUCAGGUCAGUACUAAAUAAACAAUAACAUGCAUUUUGUAUGAUCCCUCUUACUUUGGUAAAACAAUUAACAUUUUUAAUGAUUCCAAAAGGGGGAUGCAAACUUUUGACCUCAACUGUAUAUGUAUAUAAGCCACUGUAUAUUUGAACUGUUGCACUGGAGAGUUUUUGAACACAGGGUUUAGGUCACAAUUUUUUUAAAUAGAUAUGUUAUAGAAGUGUAAAAUAGUUUAAACUCAAAUAGUUAAACAUUUACAGUAUAUGUGCACUUUAUUGGGCCACAUUGGGUGCUGCUGAUAAAAAUGGGCCUUUUGCAUCUGAUUUGCAUUUGUAAAUCUGCGUUUUAUUUGCAUGCAAGUUUGGUUAUCUCAUGUUUUGCAUGAAUGAUUUACAAAAGAGCACCAAUGCUGUGAGGAAGUACCAGAACGAACAUAAGUAAUGGCAUAUUAUUUGGACGAAAGGUCACUUAGACCAAAAAAAAAAGAGAAAGAGAGGAAGCGAUCAUGUAAUAAUGACGACAUUGCUGAUGAUGAAGAGUUUGUUUCCAUCCAGUGCACACCACACAGUAAUCUGCUGGAGCCGGAGGGUCAUUGACUAUGUCUGUCGUUUGUGCAGAGAAUAACUCAUGAAAAACUCAGCCUUGACAUUCUUUCCAGUGAUACUAUCACCUUGCCACAGUCUAAUGCCCUUCCCUUCCCUCUUAUCUAUGCCAGCCGCAGAAGGUUGAUGGGCACUGCGCCCAGCACUGGGGGUUAUCAAAAUGGCACAUACAUCUGUCAGGCUAAACGUUUGUUAUGUAAUAGGACCGAGCACAAGAACCAGACGGGGUUUAGAUUAAAGUUAAACCUCUUCUCACACCCAAAUAAUCUUAGUAUUCAAGCCAGCGGGGGGCAUCAGGGAACAUUUGUCCCAGCCUCUGUGAUGAGGAGGGCCAACCGAGGUCCUUUGUGGAAUAUUUUACUCAGUAGGUCAGAUGAUGGGACGGCCCAUGCAUAAUUAUUAAAUUAUUUAUACUUUAACUAACAGUCCUGAUUCGAAAAAGGGCUGACUUUACAGUACUGUUUAUAAUUAAAAUGUGGGUCGAAAGGACAUGUUUAUUUUGCUACUCUAAAAUAUUUAAAGCUGAAAUAUACACUACCAAUCAGAAGUUUAUGAACAGUAAGAUUUGUAAUGUGUUUAUUUUUUUAAGAGAAGUCUCUUCUGCUCACCAAGUCUGCAUUUACUUGAUUCAGAGAACUGCAAAAACAGUUUACUUUUUUUUUUUAUUAUUAUUUAAAAUAACUGUUUUCUAUUUGUAUAUAUUUUAAAAUGUAAUUUAUUCCUGUGAUGCAAAGCUGAAUUUUUAGCAUCAUUACUUC